AUGGACUCCAUGCGGAGUUUAAACACCUCCCUCCCGUCAACGACACCAAGAAAAACAUUCCCCCAACCGCCCGAACAACUCCUCCAGGCCUUCAAAACCGCCGCUCUCUCCGUCACAAAUCUCUACAAGACCGCCGCAGCAGACCAGGCACGAGCACAUGGGGAAGGCUACCAAGAGGCGAUAGAGGAGCUCCUCUCCUUCCUAGACAAAGAAGACAUAGGGCUAGACGACGGAGAGGGAUGGCGGGUACGGCGGUGGGCAACAGAACGGCUACAAGGGGCACCAGCCCACACGACCAGCGACAGCGACGACGAGGCAGACGAAGAGAAGCGGGCACGGAGUUCCUCGCCAAUAGCAACGCGGAGUCAAGCGCCAGAGACAGUGCAGCCUAGGCUAGAGACACCGACCGUCUCAGUCGUACGGCCCGAGUCCGCUCCACCGAUGAUAUCGCAGCCAGCACACUCCCCUCCACCAGAGGCAGAACCUGAAAGCCGACCACCGCCGGUCGAGACAAGUCCGCCGCGGACAGACUUCAGCUUCCGCUCCGCACACAACUAUCCCUCCCAAGACGCCAUGGAUACAGAAGCGGCGGAAGCAGCACAAAGCACGGGCGUUUUCGGACAGCACAUACGGCUCGACGCACUACCGCGGCAUGUACGGCCGUCCACCCGCCACGUGCAGAGACCGAACACGCGGCACAGCUCGUCGCUUGGGAACCUGGGAGGCGGCGCUGGGACUAAGCGAAGGAUACCGUUCGGGGAGUACUUUGAUAUUAGCGGGCCUGGGGAGCGGAAGGAUGGCGCGGGUGGGGGAGGAAAGAGGGGAAGACACGCGUAG